AUGGCAACGAUCAAGACGAUCAAAAGGAGAAUAUUGAAAACUACUAGCAUCUUCUCACUACAACGUUACCUUCCCAGCCAGGUUAUGAUGUAUUUAGCAAGGAAAUAUUACGUGCGGAUGGAAUCAGGGAUAUUGUCAUCAAAUCCCUCGUUAGAAACGGCAUAUUGGGCGAUGCCUACACUCUGGGACCAACUGAACCGAGAGAUGGCCGACGCCUCGAUAUGCUUUACCUGCCUCUUGAUAAAUUUAAAGAGAGCCUCGCUCCAGUUCAUACCCCAUCUCGUUGUCAUAUCCAACGCGGGUUUCUCCAGCAAGCGAUAUCGCAAUACGACAUUCAACAAAGAGGAAAAUGAGCCUUUCUACACCCACCCUUGCCAAUCAUGGGCAAAGAGUACCAAAUUUUAUACCCCGGAGUCUAUUGCCAUUCACAUGGACAAAGAACCUUUAGAUAAAAUGAUUGCUCUGUGCCAUGUUGCCCUUGACAUUUGCUCCAUUGACACAGACAAAAUAGCAAAACUGUUCGCAGAUACACAGUCAUUUUGCGAUACCGUUGAAUGUCAAUUUCAAAAGAUUUUGAAUGAAAACGAUAGCAAACGACAAUUAAAAUAUGCCAAAGAUGUUGCACAUUUUGUACGCCAAUUCGAACGUAAAUGCCUACCAUCAACGGAUGAAUGUGCAGUCACCCCUAUUGAAAGUAUCUGCGAACAACAAGAAAGUGAAGACUUAAUUUUUGUUAAGGAGAAGAGAAGAAUCAAUGCUGGACGCUUCAACUGGAACAAUUGCUACAGCGAGGACAUGACUGAAGGUCUUUUCCAACGAUAUAGUAGCCAUACAACGCUACGAAAAGCAUUUGAAAGAGAAACUCUAUAA